UCAUGCUGCUGCCAAGUCCAGAGUCUCUCAUGGGUCCCUGUACGGCCUCCCAUUGCUGCUGUCUCCAUCGCCACACUCUGCUGCCAUGUGCCACUUUCAGGUCUCUUCACACUGCUGGUGUGUUAAAUUUUUUGACAUAGGGUGCAGGCAGAUUACGGGCCUCACAUAGCUGCUGCCAGGCCCCUAAUCUGCCAUGGGCCCCUUACCGCCUCCUCAUGCUGCUGCCAAGUCCAGAGUCUCUCAUGGGUCCCUGUACGGCCUCCCAUUGCUGCUGUCUCCAUCGCCACACUCUGCUGCCAUGUGCCACUUUCAGGUCUCUUCACACUGCUGGUGUGUUAAAUUUUUUUGAC